CCUUCCUCUUGCCCGUCCAUCCCCCUUUCUGGCUCCUGCUGCCCCGCGGUGCCCUCCCAGCUGCGAGCCAGACACUCGUGUUUCGGCCUGAGCUCACCCCCGCCAGGCCCUCUCUCUCUGCCGGUCCCGAGCUAGCCCCAAACUUGCCCUAGGAGUUUCCCAGCUGGUGUUUUGCCCCCAGCACUGCAGCAGCACUUGCUGGGCGCUGAGCUGCCUUUCCCCGCUUGUCCCCCAGGACUGUUGCAGGUGGUGAAGCAAUGCGUGCGAGUCCCAGUGUUCGUGAUGAUCCGACCUCGCGGUGGCGAUUUUCUCUACUCGGACCGUGAGGUGGAAGUGAUGAAAGCUGAUAUCCGCCUGGCCAAGCUACAUGGGGCUGAUGGGCUAGUAUUUGGGGCUCUCACAGAGGAUGGGCGCAUUGAUACAGAGCUCUGCACAGCCUUGCUGGCUGUUUGCCGUCCUUUGCCAGUCACCUUUCAUCGAGCUUUCGACAUGGUGCAUGACCCUCUGGUAGCGCUGGAGACCCUGAUUUCUCUGGGGUUUGAGCGGGUACUGACUAGCGGCUGUGACAGCUCUGCACUGGAAGGCUUGUCCUUAAUUAAGAGACUUGCAGAACAAGCAAAGGGCAGGAUCGUGGUAGUGCCAGGGGGUGGCAUCACAGAGCGCAACCUGCAGAGAAUUCUGGAAGGCUCCAGUGCUUCUGAGUUUCACUGCUCCGCUCGCUCAGUCCGGGACUCAGGGAUGAAGUUCAGCGGUGCUCGUCAUCCGGACAUGCGCGCUCCAUGCAGAACGAGAUCCCCGGGGCAUUUCUUCUGGUACUGCUGCCCUGGGGCUCAUGAGUGCACUUGUGUGGCACUUGAAAUCCGAACGUUGCCAUGGGAGCGUCCUUCUCUGCCCCUGAAUACUCCAUAAAGGUAGCCGAUGUGGCCAAAGUGAGAACCCUAAACGCAAUUGCAAAGAACAUUCUGUAGUGGAAGGCACCGUGCUGGAGCAAGAGCGCUGAGACUCCAGAGUCUUCUCUGCUAUGUGGACAGAUGGGUACUGCUUCCGUCCUCAGGUUGCAGAGGAUGUGAAUUAGGUGACGAAGCCUGAAGUCUCUUCCCUUGGCUUCCUCUGAAUGACCAGUCCCUGGCCUGGAGACUUAAGCUGGCCAUUUUAAUUCAAAGGACUCAUUCCUGGAUGUUGCGGCAAAAAGCUGUUCAGCAGCAUUUGGGGAGGAAGGGAGCUGAGCAAGUAGGGGGACUGAAUUGUGUAGCACUGCAUGUGAUUGUCAAAUAAACACUGCAGCAGCUGCUCCCUUCUU